AUGGCAGUCAACACCUUUGAAUCACUUCGUGGCCAGGUUUUGGGCGUUCUUGAACCUCUUCCUGUAUACAGGAAUCAAGAUGUUAAUGAGAACUUUGCCGCCGUGCCCAUUUUCAAAAACAAGCUGGUCAAAAUUGGCAGAAACAGCCGCGAAUGUGACAUUAUAUUCCCUCAUCCUUCAAUCUCCAGCAUUCAUUGUAUGUUUUGGGCCAUUAGAUUUGACGAUGAUAGCGUUCCGAUGCAUUAUGUCAAGGACUGCUCCCUAAACGGAAUUUCAAUAAACGGUCUGCUGCUCAAAAGAGGACAAACAUGCCUGCUUGAAGAUGAAGACGUUAUAGCAAUUCCUAAUGCAUGCGAAUACCGGUUUCAAGCAAAAAUAAAGAUGUUGACAAGCGAUCUAAUCGAGCAAUUAGGGUUCCAAGUUAAUGUCGAAAACUGGCGGCUGACAUCGAAGGUUGUGGGAAGUGGAACUUUUGGGCAUGUUUUGGUGGCUAAUGAAAAGGCAGAGCCCACUAGACAUCAACCUAGGAGUUACGCCGUCAAAAUUAUUAAAAUGAAGCCUAAUAGGCUUGACAAAGAGGCAAAAAUCCUUCUGAGAUUGGAUCACCCCAACGUUAUUAAGGUCCACAUGACAUUUUCAGAUGAUAGAAACCAUCUGUACAUUUUCCAAGACUUGAUUACUGGAGGAGAUCUCUUUUCCUACCUCGCGAAAACUGACUGUCUGUCACCAAUUCCUGAGACCGAAGCGCUAGUUAUUAUAUUUCAAAUUUUGCACGCUCUCAAAUAUCUCCAUUCUCAGGGAGUUGUGCAUCGCGACCUUAAGCUCGACAACAUUCUUUUAUGUACCCCGGAACCCUGCACGAGGAUUGUCUUGGCGGAUUUUGGCAUCGCGAAAGAUCUUUCUACGAAACAUUCUCGAAUGCACACUGUGGUUGGAACUCCAGAAUACUGCGCUCCAGAAGUGGGUUUCAAGGCCGACAGAGCUGCGUACAAAGAAUUCUCAAGAGCUGCGACCAUGGAGCAGCACGGUUAUGAUGCUAAAUGCGAUUUAUGGUCUUUGGGUGUUAUUGCACAUAUAAUGCUUACCGGCAUAUCACCCUUUUAUGGCGACGGUUCAGAAGCCAGCAUUAUAUGCAAUGCCAAAAUUGGAAAUCUUGACAUGAGUACCAAGCAAUGGACCAAGGUUUCUGAACACGCAAAAAGCUUUGUUCGUAGCCUGCUUGAGACAAAUGUCACGAAACGCCUAGAUAGCAGCCGCAGUUUCCAACACCCUUGGAUAGCCAAACACAAAGGUCACUUGGAGAAAAUAUACCAGAAGAAGAUCAUACCCGAUUCUGAACCCAGACAGAGCUUCGAGGAGACGAACUGGAAAAGAAAGCUGCCAAAAAGCGUUAAACUCUCGCCAACUUCUGUUAUGAAUAAAAAGGCGAGAAAAUUAGAACUGUCUUAA